AUGUACGAUCGAAUAGCCAGCGUAGAGAAGAGCUACACGAAAAACUACAAUCAUGAGGACGAUUUGAAAUACACACUGGAGAUGUGCCAGUGGCUGCUGAAGCCGCUCGGCGUGUGGACGCUGAUCUACCACCGCGUCAGCAAAUUGGGGAGAGCUGCCUCGGUCGUGAUGCUGUUCCUUUGCUUAUCGUGUUUCCUAUUCGUCAUCAUACCGUCGUUCAACAAUAUAUUCUUCGCGGAGAAGAACGUGGCGAACAAAGUGCAGCUGUUCGGUCCGGCCAUUUUCUGUGUGUUCUCCACGGUGAAGUACUGUUACCUGGGAGUGAAGGGCAAGACCUUGGGUCGCUGCAUCCAGCACGUGGAGCGGGAUUGGAGGAUGGUGCAACACCAGCACUACCGAGCCAUCAUGCUGAAGCAGGCGGGCAUCAGCAGGCGCCUGAUCACCGUAUGCGCGGCUUUCCUUUAUAUAGGGGCCAUAUCCUACCUCACGUUGUUGCAGUUCUUGUCGAACGAAAUGGACACGCUGAACGUUACCGCGAGAUCGCUCGCUUACCCUUGCUUCGAGUUCCUCGACGUUCAGUCCAGUCCUACCUACGAGAUCGUGUUCUUCCUUCACUGCCUCGCGGGGAUCAUCAUGUGCACCGCCACGAUGGCCGCGUACAGUCUGGCCGCGACCUUUGUCACGCACAUCUGCGGGCAGAUCCAGAUACAGAUCAUACGACUGGAGAACUUGAUCGAUGAGAGUCGGGAGAAGAAUAACUUUCACGAGCGUAUGGCGAUCAUUGUUCGGGAUCACGUCAAGGUGCUCAGGUUUUCUAGGGACGUCGACGAAGGCUUGCGCGAGAUAUGCUUGACAGAGAUCGCGGACUCAACGUUGUCCAUGUGUAUGCUUGAAUACUAUUGCAUGCUGGGGUGGAAGAAUAAUGACAAGAUCGCGAUGGUCACGUAUCUUAUGUUGUUAACCUCCUUCACUUUCACUGCAUUAAUCUAUUGUUACGUGGGUGAGCUGCUAUCCGAACAGUUUAGUCAAAUUGGACGAGUUUCCUACAAUAUUCAUUGGUACAAUUUAUCAGCGAGGGAGGCCUAUAAUUUCGUCCUACUGGAAGCCAUAUCACUUUAUCCGCCUAAACUCACGGCGGGAAAAAUGAUUGAACUCUCUAUAAAUACAUUCGGCAUUGUGGUGAAGACAUCUGUAGUGUACCUGAACUUACUUCGAACGGUUGCAACUUGGUAA